AUGUCAGACUCCGAAACCACCACCACAGUCUCCACCACCGCACCGCCACCAGACGACGACUCAUCUGCGGCGGAUACGAAGAAGCAAGCAAGCAGCGGCAUUUCUUUUAGCAUCUGGCCGCCGACUCAACGCACUCGCGACGCAGUUGUCACCCGCCUAAUCGAGACCUUAUCAGCAACUUCCGUUCUCUCCAAGCGCUAUGGUACCAUCCCUCACGAAGAGGCCUCCGAAGUCGCCCGUCGCAUUGAGGAGGAGGCUUUCUCUGUCGCCACCACCGCUGCUUCUUCCGAGGACGACGGACUCGAGGUUCUCCAGCUUUAUUCCAAGGAGAUCAGUAAGCGGAUGUUAGAUACCGUCAAGGCUCGUGCUGGAUCGGGGGCUAAUGGUGAUAAUAGUGCGACGGAAACAGUGAGCGCCGAUGUGACGCCGACGACGGCGGCGAGUGAGGAGGUUUCAAGUUCUGUUGAGACUGAAGCUUGA